GGGAAAUGAGGGGUAUAAUAAUCAAUUCACAUAUAAUGCUUUCAUCGCCAUCGCCAUCGCCACUCGCCAGAUGCGCGUUGUUUCCAUUCUUCACAGAGAUCCCUCAAAUUUAUGUCUAUUGGGCUUCGUUUGAGAUCUGAUACAUAACUCGCAUGAUUCGUCCGAAGAUGGUUUUCUCGGAUCAACUUAGCUUGUGGGUCUCAGCAUUUUGCUUGAUAUUUCAAUCCGCAUAUGGGUUCUAUCUUCCCGGAAGUUAUCCCCACAAGUAUGUGAUUGGGGAUGAGUUGUCGGUGAAAGUGAAUUCUCUUACCUCAAUUGAUACAGAAAUGCCCUUUAGCUAUUACAGCUUGCCCUUUUGCAAGCCUCCGGGCGGUGUUAAGGACAGUGCUGAGAAUCUCGGCGAGCUCCUCAUGGGAGAUCGGAUCGAGAACUCACCAUACCGAUUUAAGAUGUACACUAAUGAAUCGGAGAUAUUCUUGUGUCGGUUGGACUCAUUGUCGGCAGAUCAGUUCAAGAUCCUUAGAGAGAGGAUUGAUGAAAUGUAUCAGGUUAAUCUGAUUCUUGAUAAUUUACCCGCCAUUCGCUUUACACAGAAAGAUGGAUACUUUCUACGAUGGACCGGGUACCCUGUUGGUGUGAAGAUUCAAGAUGCAUAUUAUCUGUUUAACCAUCUCAAGUUCAAUGUUCUUGUGCACAAAUAUGAGGAACCCAAUGUGGCUCGUGUAAUGGGAACUGGCGAUGCGGUUGAAGUGAUCCCAACAGUUGGUAAAGGGGAAUCAGAAUUGCCAGGAUACAUGGUUGUUGGGUUUGAGGUGAUACCGUGCAGCGUUAUGCAUAAUUUUGACUCUGCCAAAAACUUGAAAAUGUAUGGCAAAUACCCGUCACCUAUUAAAUGUGAUCCGUCCACCGUAGGAAUGCAGAUCAAAGAAGGGCAGCCACUGGCUUUCACCUAUGAGGUCACCUUUGAGGAGAGUGACAUCAAAUGGCCAUCCAGAUGGGAUGCCUAUUUGAAGAUGGAGGGAUCAAAAGUCCAUUGGUUCUCAAUCCUCAAUUCUCUCAUGGUGAUCACCUUCCUUGCUGGGAUUGUUCUUGUGAUCUUACUGAGGACUGUUCGCCGGGAUCUAACCCAUUAUGAGGAGCUUGACAAGGAGGCUCAAGCACAGAUGACUGAAGAGUUAUCAGGUUGGAAGCUUGUUGUGGGGGAUGUAUUCCGCGCUCCAUCCAACCCUUCAUUGCUAUGUAUAAUGGUUGGAGAUGGGGUUCAGAUUCUUGGAAUGGCUGUGGUGACAAUCUUGUUUGCAGCUCUCGGAUUCAUGUCACCAGCCUCUCGCGGAACACUCAUUACUGGUAUGCUGUUUUUCUACCUGAUACUUGGUGUUGCAGCUGGAUAUGUGGCAGUUCGCCUUUGGAGAACGAUUGGCUGUGGUGAUCAGAAAGGCUGGUUUUCAGUGGCAUGGAGGGCGGCUUGUUUCUUCCCCGGCAUUGCCUUCUUGAUCCUAACAACCUUGAACUUUCUAUUGUGGGGAAGCCACAGCACAGGAGCCAUCCCAUUUUCACUCUUUGUUAUACUAAUCUUACUCUGGUUCUGCAUUUCGGUUCCCCUUACCCUUAUUGGAGGGUUCUUUGGUGCCAGGGCCAAUCACAUCGAGUAUCCAGUCCGAACCAAUCAAAUUCCUCGCGAAAUUCCCGCACAGAAGUACCCUUCAUGGCUGCUAGUCCUGGGUGCAGGGACCCUCCCAUUUGGAACCCUGUUCAUAGAGCUCUUCUUCAUCAUGUCCAGUAUUUGGAUGGGCCGUGUCUAUUAUGUCUUUGGGUUCCUCUUAGUUGUUCUGGUUCUGCUUGUGGUGGUCUGUGCUGAGGUGUCUUUAGUUCUGACUUACAUGCAUCUGUGUGUAGAAGAUUGGAGAUGGUGGUGGAAAUCAUUCUUUGCUUCUGGAUCUGUGGCCAUAUACAUCUUCUUGUACUCCAUAAACUAUCUGGUGUUUGAUCUCAAGAAUCUGAGUGGCCCUGUCUCUGCAUCACUGUACUUGGGAUACUCUCUCUUCAUGGUUCUGGCCAUCAUGUUGGCUACAGGCACAGUUGGGUUCCUCUCUUCCUUCUCUUUUGUGUAUUACUUAUUCUCUUCGGUCAAAUUGGAUUGAAUUGCGGGCUGAGAUUCCCCAGAGAUUAGCUCUCGAGAUAACUGUUUUUCAUAGGUGGAAAUCCCUAGGGAAUGUUAAAGUAAUUAUUUCUUCUUGUCAAGGGGCAAAAUAUAGUUACUUUAUUUCAUUUGCAGCACCUUUUUUUUUAGCGAAAUUAGUAUAUUAUGUGACGAUAAUUUAAUUGUUUUGCUUGAUUCAUUGAUAGAUAUAUUUUCAGAGUCA